AUGUCCCAGAAGACCUCCUCUGAUUGGAUACCGGUGACGUUUGGAUGGGAGUGCGGGAUUAUAAAUUGUGGGGGAAAAAAAAUUGAUGUUUGUUUAAACAUUAUAACGUUCUGAGUCUCAGUGGUAGGCACCCCUUCUCCAGAAAGUCGAGUUUGUUACCUUAUUUCAGUCCUUUUUCCAAGAUGAACAGAAUUAUUCUCCAGCUUAUUGCAUUCGGAUGCUUCUUUGCAGGCGUUCAAGCGCUGAUGUGCUACAAAUGCAGCCUUGGCAUAGGUACCCUUUGCAUUACCACCAAAACUACAUGUAGCAGCGGAGAACAAUGCUUCAAUGGUGUCGGGAAAGCAGGUAAGGUCGUAGAUAUCAUGACAAAGGGCUGUUUAUCAGUGGAUAAGUGCAACAUGACCGAACCAACAACCUUCAACAACCAAACAGUCUACACCUUGACCAAGACGUGCUGCAACACAGACCUGUGCAAUGCUGCGCCCGGUCUGCCCGGGACCUCCGCUCUGGGCCUGGCCCUCGCCACCAUCACUGCUCUGUUUGUGGUCAACGUCCUGGUUUAAAAGAAAAUACAGUGGAAGAUGGGACACACACACACACACACACACACACACCAGCACUACAAAGAUUAAAUGCUCUCCCCUUAGACAUGUGGUUGGUUUUUACGUAUGUGUCUUGUGGUCAUUAUUCUUGAUGUGUAUUGUACUGCACACAAAUGUUAUGUUAUCAGUUUAAAUUUUAAUUCCCUCUUUUGUUUUUUUAUUUAGAUUACUCAGUAAACUGUCCUUGUCCUCAUUUUACUAUAAGAGAUAUUAACUUGGUAGUUAAUAAUUUAAGUGU